UCCCCUCCUUUCACUCUGGCACUUAGUGCAUUUUCUCCUCCUGCAUUAGCACACUUUGCCCAUCACUUCAUCUCCCAUGCGUAAUUCGUCAAAGGCCCGUUCCGUUUGAGAGCCUGCGGUGGAAUGUGAGACCAGCUCCGUAGGCUUGCGUCCUGGCUGUGUGUUGGGGGGGCUUCAGGGGCUUCGGGGAGCCUGCGUUUCUGGUCCUGACCCGCUGAGCCCGUCCACUUGCGCCUCAUGCUGAGGAAGAAGGGCUCAGAACCGCUGCAGGACCGUGAAGUCCUGCUGGACCUGGACUACACUGGGGAGCCCCGCGGCGCUGACUGUUAUGGCAGUCUGCAGAAUGGAGGUUUCAUCCCUCCAAGAUAUCUGAAUGCAGUAGCUGGAGAAGAGGAGGACGAUCCUCUCUGUGUUCACUGCGAGAAGACUCCCAACCCAAGAGCCCGUUUCCUGGGCAGCUACUUCAGAGACGGCCGGACUAAGAUAGAUUAUGUGCUGGUGUGGGAGGUGAAGUCACACAGGAAGCGGAAAGCCCAUGGGAAAGGCCAGAGGGAGAGGGAGGAGCUGGGGGAGCCGGAGCAGGGUGUUCAGGAGGAGAGCAGAUCCGAAAGGAGGAAAGCCCAGCUGGCCCGCUGGAGGGACAGAUUCAUCAACAACCUGCAGAUUGCGGGGCUGCUGUUAGAAAAGGAGGAAUCAUGCAGUGCAAAAAAGACAAUACACUACCUGAAGCUCAGUGCUCCCUGGGAAGUGCUGGUGUUCUAUGCAGAAGAGUUAAGCUUAAGAGCUCCGCUGCAGGCACAGCCUCAUCCGGACUUUAACACCUCGGCUCAGAUUCUCCAGAAGUUCUAUGUGCCAAACGUCUUGGCAGAGACAGUGCCCAACAGGCCGGUGGACUACUACACCUGUGCCUUCCGAAAAUCCAAGAUGGAAAAAUUUCUGGGCUGUGGUGACCAUGAGAAUUAUUUCACUGAUACACAGAGGCACCGCAUUGUGUAUGAGAUCCUGGCGAGGACUGUGUAUGGCAAACGGAAGAGGGCAGAGGUCGGAGUGGCUCGACUGCUGAAGGAAGGGGCAUUCAAAGCUGCAUUUCCUCUUCAUGACGGUCCCUUUGAGCUACCAGCAUGUGAAAUUCCUCCAGAUCAGUUAAAUAGGAGGCAGGUUCUGUAUCACUACUGGGCUCGCUGGUCCAAAUGGUACAAGUACCAACCCCUGGAUCACAUCCGUGAGUACUUUGGGGAGAAAAUUGCACUGUACUUCGCAUGGCUUGGCUUUUACACAGCUUGGCUCCUUCCUGCAGCGAUAGUUGGGACAUUUGUGUUUGUGUCAGGCAUCAUGACAAUGGGCUCCAACACUCCAGCGAGAGAAAUAUGUGAAAGUGGAGGCCACUAUCUUAUGUGUCCUCUCUGUGAAACCUGCAAGCCAUGGAACAUAUCAGACAUUUGCCCUAUGGCCAAGGUGGGCUACCUGUUUGAUCACCCUGGUACAGUAUUCUUCAGCGUCUUCAUGUCCUUCUGGGCUGUCACCUUUCUGGAGUACUGGAAGCGCAAGAACGCCACUCUGGCUCACCACUGGGACUGCAUGGACUUCCACGAGGAGGAGGAGCCGCCGCGGCCAGAAUUUGCGGCUAUGGCUCCUGCGAUGGAGGAGAACCCCGUGACGGGGGUGAAGGAGCCCUAUUUCCCAGAGAAGGCACGGCUGUCACGCAUGCUGACGGGCUCUAUGGUGAUCAUCGUAAUGCUGUCUGUGGUGAUCAUCUUCCUGGUCACUGUCAUCAUCUACCGGAGCAUAGUGAGUGUCAUGAUGUAUGAGACAGGGAGUUCAGUGCUGCGCACUCAGGCUGGGAACAUUGCCAACAUCUCCAGCAGUAUGGUAAACCUGGCUCUGAUCUUGCUGAUGGGGCAGGUGUAUACAGCCUUGGCUGAACAGCUUACUAAAUGGGAGAUGCACAGGACACAGACACAGUAUGAGGAUGCGUUCACGUUUAAGGUGUUCAUCUUCCAGUUUGUCAACUUCUACUCCUCCCCAUUCUAUGUGGCCUUCUUCAAGGGAAGGUUCGUCGGCUACCCCGGUCAUUAUGGCACUCUGUUUGGGAUGAGGAACGAGGAUUGCGGUCCAGGGGGCUGUCUGAUUGAGCUAGCUGAACAGCUCUUCAUCAUCAUGAUGGGAAAACAGCUCAUCAACAAUGUUCAGGAGUUUGUCAUACCUAAAGUAAAGGCAUGGAGACAGAAGCAAAGUCUCGCAUCCGUGAAGAAGUCUCAGAGUGGUCAGGAGCCACAACCCUGGGAGCAGGACUAUGAGCUGAUCGAAUGCGAGGGCCUGUUUGACGAAUACCUGGAGAUCGUGCUGCAGUUUGGCUUCAUCACCAUCUUCGUGGCAGCGUUCCCGCUGGCCCCGCUCUUCGCCCUGCUCAACAACUGGGCCGAGGUGCGGCUGGACGCUCACAAAUUCGUGUGCGAGUACCGGAGGCCCGUGGCGGAGCGUGCCCAGAACAUUGGCGUGUGGUUCAUCAUCCUGGAAGCUCUUUCGCACGUGUCCGUCAUCGUGAACGCUUUCCUCAUCGCAUUUACAUCCGACUUCCUGCCUCGUCUGCUAUACAAGUAUAAGUUUGAUAAUGACUUGAAUGGCUAUGUCAACUUCACAUUGGCCUAUGCUCCACCCAGCUAUAACUACUCCAGCCAUGGCGUGUGCAGGUAUAAAGCUUUUCGUGAUGAAAAUGGGAACUACACGCUGGUGUACUGGGAACUUCUUGCAGUCAGACUUGGCUUCAUCAUUGCAUUUGAGCAUGUGGUGUUCUUUGUGCUGCGUGCAAUUGACUGGAUGGUUCCUGACAUUCCCGAGUCUCUGGAGGUUAAGAUCAAGCGCGAGCGCUAUCUGGCCAAGCAAGCUUUGGCAGACAACCAGGAGGCCCUGCUGCAAGCGACUCGUCUGGCUGCUUGAGGCUAUCCUGCAGUGCCAGAAUGUCUCCAGCAGAGGGUGCACUCAUAAAGACAGCCUCUCAACACAACCUCUGAACACAAAUUCAGAAAGGACACCUUAGCAUAUAGGAAAAAUACCUGGACUGUGUGAGGUUUUUUUGGGGGGUGGGGGGGUGGGUGUGUUUUCGCUUGGUCGGUGAGUAUAUACAUGUUUUAGGGAGAGCAUGCAUAUGUGUGGAUGUCAAUUUAGAGGUUUGUAUUUGGUGCACAUGUGAUGCCAAACAAAAUUCCGACGCUAUAAUGCUUCCUAAAGAGGCUAUUUAUUUGCAGUAAUUUUGGGUCAUGAGUAUAGAUUUAUUAACCACUUUCCACCCUCUGAUCCAUCACCCUGUGAUAAAGUUCUGAUAUAAAGAAGUGAGAGAUUUAUCUUAUAUUUGUACUAAUUACAGGGUACAUGUAAAAUGGUGAUGUGUUAUGAGCUCACUCCUCAUGUGCUGUUGUAUGAACUGCCUCUGUAAUAUAUCUACACAUUUGCUCAUGUUCAUCCAAAAAGUCUUGCCAUUCUAAUUAUGUUUUGAAAUAAAGUUGGUUUGAUGAAUGUUAAA